AUGUCGACUCCGGCCACGUACCCGCCGUUUCCUGCGGUGGACACAGCGAACCGCCCGGGUUCUCUGACGGACGAGGUCGAGUCGCCCAGCAUAUCGAGCACCAACGCCCUCGCCCGCUUCGAGUUCGAGGCCGGCCAUGGCAGGGAAGGCACCAAGAUCCUCAUGGUUGAGUGGGAGGACGACGACACAACACGCGGCGUCCGCGGCGAGUGGCACAUUUCGUGGGAUGGCAAGGGCAAGACGACGGUGCUGCCGGCAGAGGACCAGCCGAGCAACGACGUGAACCGCAUCUACUUCAUGCUCGCGCCCGGUGUCGCCGUGCCCUCGAGUCUAACGCUGACGCACCGCCCGCAGGACGCUGACAGGAAACAAAUAGUAUGGCACACCAACCCACUGCCCGCGAUAUUCCCGCCCGAGCUGGGCGCAUCGGCGCGGGCAACGGGCAGGAAGGGCAUUCUCCACACCAUCUGGGCCAAGAAGCGUCUCCAGGUGCUGCAGAAGGAGAUCGAGGCGGAGUCGCAGAACAACGUCGAAGGCAUUGGGUUCCUGAUGGCCGUGCAAGAGAAGGAGUGGAUCGAGCAGACGUUCGGCGUGAACGCAAAGCCUGCAGGCCUCAGCAUCCAGCUCGCCGAGCCCACCGUUGCGCCUCUGGGGCCUGCGAGCCCUCGUUCGCCGGGCGGCGGUCGCUUGAUGGAGAAGCUGCGCGGUCUGAAGCUGGGCACCAGCGAAAAAGACCUCACUUCGAAGACGGAACCUGGCGAAGCUCCCUUUGCCAACCCGCUAUCGCCUGAGUCGUCUGACGUCGCCGUCUCGUCCUUUGCCGCGUUCAAGGGUAACAACCCCGCAACACUGGCAGCCAAACCCCCUCAGCCCCCGCAGCAGCAGCCCGCCCGCAAGGUCGCAGCACGCAUCGAGCCGCCCGCCACGGUCGCACAGCAGCAGCACGCUGGCAUGGCCUCUUUGAAUGCUUUCGCCGCACCCGAUGCGCCCACAUUUCAGUCGCGCGGCGCUCCCCUGCCAGACGACGACCACGACGACGGGCUGUUUGCGCUGCCUAUCAGUCCCCGCAGCCCGGAAAUGGGUAAAAGCCCGUUUUCGUUUGCAGGCAGCGAAACGGCCAACUAUGUCAGCGGGGAGCGUGCUUCGUAG